AUGGGUUUUGAGGAAGAUAAUGAAGCUGUUGAACAUGAUAGGGAAGAAGAUGAUAAUGAUGAUAUCAUGGUAGCAUUGCAAGAUGCUGCAGGUGACAUGGAUAUUGAUGUAGAUGCAUAUGAAGGUCACAUUGGAGAUCAAGAUCAUAGAAAUAAAGAAUUUUCAGGAUUAUUUACUGAAGUUGAAAGCGAGUUAUAUCCAGGGUGUACAAAGUUCUCUGCAUUGACUUUUUUGGUCAGAUUGCAAAGAUCAUUUACAUCUCGCCAUACUGCUAUUGAUAUGAGAUGGCACAAAGAGAAGCGUCCUAACACAAAUGGAGUAUUGAGGCAUCCAGCAGAUGGAGAAGCAUGGAAGCACUUUGAUGAACAAUAUUCGAUAUUUGCUAUGGAUCCUCGUAAUGUCCGGCUAGGUGCUACCACUGAUGGAUUUAAUCCUUUUAGUAACAUGAGCACUUCGUAUAGCAUGUGGCCAGUGAUGUUAGUGCCUUAUAACCUGCCACCUUGGAAGUGCAUGAAAGAGACUUUUUCGAUGAUAUCACUAUUAAUACCAGGCUCAACAGCACCUGGAAAAGACAUUGAUGUGUACUUACGGCCUAUGAUUGAUGAAUUGAAAGAUCUAUGGACAAAUGGUGUCACCACUUAUGACAUCUCUAAAAAGGUGAGGUUUACAAUGCAUGCAGCAGUGUUGUGGACAAUACAUGAUUUUCCAGCAUAUGGAACACUUUCUGGAUGGAGUACCAAAGGAUACAAAGCAUGUUCGACUUGUAAUGAAGAUACUUCUUCCCAAGCUUUAAGAAGUAAGAUUUGUUACAUGGGACAUCGUCGAUAUUUAUCCAUAAAUCAUGCAUGGAGAAAUAAUCGACAAUAUGAUGGAAAGCCUGAACGAAGGUUAGCUCCAAGGCAGCUUUCAGGAGCUGAAAUAUUACAACAGUUAGAUAGGACAAUUGAGAGCAGAUCGGGGAAACAUCCUAACAAUGUGGAUAAAAAGAGAAAACGUGCUGCCUUUGGAACAAUGUUGGACAUCAAAGGUAAGUCGAAGGAUACUGACAAGGCAUGUAUGGAUUUAAAGGAUCUAAAUAUUCGAAAAGAAUUGCAUUUACAAGAAACUGGUGGUAAAGUUUUGAAACCUUUGGCAUGUUUUUCAUUAACAAGGGAUGAAAAACAUGAGUUUUGUAAGUUUUUGAAGUCUGUUAAAUUUCCAGAUGGCUAUGCUGCUAAUAUUUCAAAGAAUGUGAACAUUAAGGAUGGUUCAAUAGCAGAGGGUUAUGUUGUCAAUGAGGCAUUAACUUAUUGUUCAAUGUACCUUCAUGGUAUUGAAACUCGAUUCAAUCGGCCAGAACGUAAUAAAGAUGGUGAGAAUCAGAUUGCUUUGACUUUGGCAGUAUUCACUCAACCUGUGAACUUGUUGGGGAAACCUCAAUUUGUUGAACUGAAAGAUGAUGAUUAUAAAAAAGCUCAUUGUGAGCACACCAAACUAUUGCAAAACAGGGGUGUCACAAGUAUUCUGCAGGUACAAGAAAAGGAAUUUCCACAAUGGUUUGAACAAAGGAUAAAAUAUUUCAGUAGAUGUAAAUAUCCAAUGGUAACUGAUGAGUUGUACUCACUAGCAUAUGGUCCUGAUUAUGGAAUAAGAUCAUAUAGUGGAUGUGUAGUAAAUGGAGUUCGAUAUCGCACAAAAGUUCGUGAUGAUAGGUGUGUCACUCAAAAUUGUGGAAUUUGGGUUGUAGGUGAUCAUGAUGGUGAAUCUUGUGACUUUUAUAGGGUAAUAGAAGACAUUCUUGUGUUAGACUAUAGGUCCAAACACUCUGUUGUACUUUUUAGAUGUGCAUGGUUUGACACAAAUGUGAAAAAGAAAAAGAUGAUCACAGAAUUUCAAAUCACAAGCAUUAAUGUCACUUCAUAUUGGUAUAAGAACGACCCUUUUGUCCUUGCCUCACAAGCUAAACAAGUGUUUUACGUGGAUGAUUACAAGAUGGGUCAACAUUGGAAAGUGGUUCGAAAGGUGCAUCACCGUCAUCUGUGGGAUUUUCCAGACCGAUUAGAUGAAGGUGAUGAACAUGAUGCAGAUAGUGAGGCAGAGAGUGGAGAUUUUGAAAAUGCAGAUAGUGGUGCAGAGAGUGAAGAUUAUGAAGAUACAGAUAGUGGCAUAGAGAAAGAAGAUAAUGAGGAGUACAAUGAGGAAACCGACAAUGAUAGUGAAGAUGAGUUGUUAAGUAAUGGUGAAACCGGUGAGGAUACUGACUCAUUUGCAUAA